AAAAGUAGCUCUAAUACCGAUCUCCUUUCCAUUCCCUGCUCUCCUCUUCUAUCUCCGUUCCCAUUCUUGGAAAGCCAGACAAUCGUAGAACACCAAAUCAACUAUCCUUUCUUCCCUCGACCUCGAUCUGCCGGUUCGGGCUCAGAAACUUCAACGAAGAUGACAAGAACAACGGCGUCCGGGCGACGUGACGAACGGGAAAAAGAGACAGAAGUGGGAUCGCUCCCUCCCUCCCUCUCUCGAUCGGAUUCCGAUCUUCGAUCGCCUUUCUUGUUUCUGAUUUAUGAUAGACUGGAGAGAAAACAGAUCGCGACGGCCAAAACGAUGGCGAACGGUGAUGAGAAAACGAGCAGAAGAUUGAGGAAUUUUUUUCGUUGUGGGAGUAAUUAGUGGCGAGCUCAAC